AUGGAAACUAAAACUACAGCCUCAGCGACCUUUUUGGAAAAUAUCAUUGGGAAGCCAGUAUAUGUGAAACUCUUUUCAGGCAUAUUAUACCAGGGGAAACUAGAAUCGAUAGAUGGGUUUAUGAAUGUCUCCCUAUCACAGGUAUCAGAGCAUUACGAAACAGAGGAGAAUGGAACGUUGCAUAAAUAUGCCGAAGAGGUUUUUCUAAGGGGCUCACAAGUGUUGUACAUCAGCGAAAGGUGA